UAUUUAUUGCACUGCAACUAACAUGUCAUAUCUCUGUUCCAUCCCAUUCUCUAUAUACUAUGAGAUACUCAAUCAUUUACAUUAUUCAUUGUAUCACUCCCUCCAUCAACAUAUAGCAUCUAUUGGUUCCAUUUGGACCAUAAAAUAAUAUGGAAUCCAACUUUGAUGAACUUCAUCAACCAAUAUUAACUCAUGAUCAUCCACCACCACCUGAACUGAAUUCUAGUCUUGAAGAAAUGUUAUCAAACACUCAGUUACCUUUGUUAAAGAGACUUCUAUCUGCUACAUGGAUUGAACUCAACCUUCUUUUUCCUCUUGCCACGCCGGCUAUCCUCGUUUACUUAAUCAACAACUCCAUGUCUACCGUUACUCGCGCCUUUGCCGGUCAUCUUGGUAAUCUUCAGCUUGCUGCUGCUAAUCUUGGCAAUAGUGGAAUUCAGCUCUUUGCUUCUGGCUUAAUGUUGGGCAUGGGAAGUGCAGUGGAGACAUUAUGUGGACAAGCAUAUGGUGCAAACAAAUAUGAAAUGCUAGGAAUAUACAUGCAAAGAGCAACAAUAGUAUUGACCAUAACAGCAAUUCCCUUAACCAUAGUCUACAUUUUCUGCAAACCAAUCUUACUCUUAAUAGGUGAAUCAGAGCCAUUGGCAUCUUCUGCAGCCACAUACGUGUACGGUUUGAUCCCACAGAUCUUCGCUUACGCGGUGAACUUCCCCAUACAAAAAUUUCUCCAAGCGCAAAGCAUAGUUCGGCCUAGCACUUACAUCUCGGUAGCAACACUUGUGUUACAUGUGUUGCUUAGUUGGGUUGCGGUUUUCAAGUUGGGCUUGGGCCUAAUUGGGUCAUCAUUGGUUUUGAGUUUUUGUUGGUGGGUUAUUGUGGUGGCCCAGUUUGUGUACAUAGUUAAAUCAAGAAAGUGUGAACGUACUUGGAAUGGGUUUAGUGUUGAGGCUUUUUACAAACUUUGGGAUUUUGUGAAAUUAUCAAGUGCUUCUGCGGUUAUGCUUUGCUUGGAGAUUUGGUACUUUCAGGUGCUUGUGCUUAUUACUGGUUUGCUUGAUAAUCCUGAGCUUGCUCUUGAUUCUGUCGCUGUUUGCAUGACAAUAGCGGGGCUGCUGUUGCAAAUUGGAGUAGGAUUUAAUGCAGCUGCAAGUGUGAGAGUGAGCAACGAAUUGGGAUCUGGGAAUCCAAAAGCAGCAGCAUUUUCAGUGGUUAUUGUGAAUAUGGUUUCAUUCAUUAUUGCGGUGAUAGAAGCAAUUGUGGUCCUUGCACUUCGUCAUGUUAUAAGUUACGUAUUCACCGAAGGUGAAACUGUUGCAAAUGCAGUAUCAGAUUUGUGUCCAUACUUGGCUGUCACUCUAAUUCUUAAUGGGAUCCAACCAGUGCUUUCAGGAGUGGCAGUUGGGUGCGGAUGGCAAGCCAUUGUGGCUUAUAUAAACGUAGGAUGUUAUUAUGGGGUUGGAGUCCCAGUGGGUUGUGUUUUAGGCUUCAAAUUCAACCUUGGUGUUAAGGGAAUAUGGUCCGGCAUGAUUGGAGGAACAGUGUUGCAGACCCUCAUUUUAUUAUGGAUCACAUUUCGCACUGAUUGGAUUAAAGAGGUAAAUACAGCCAAGAAACGAUUGGACAAGUGGGAAAACUAGAAGAAAAUUCAGGUCCUGGUGCCAGGGACGAGGUGUGGGGGCAAGUGACCCACUUUUUUUUUUUCUAAAGGAUU